CAACAAGUCAAGAAAAUCUGCGUCAAGUCGAUUAAUCUACUAGGACGAUAGAUCGCUAUCUAUAGACAAGCAGACAGCUAGAUACCGCCGGCCUGUUGCUAUUAGCCUGCAGUGUUUGUACUGUACCAUGCAUGCAUAUGCAAAUAGCUACUAGUAUAGCAGCGCUGGCUGCUUCGUUCCCUCCUCGUCCUGGACCGUCUCCUUUAUAACCUGAUCCUCGUCGCCGCUCGUCUCGGCUCAGCUCAGGCCUGUUCUUCGAAGCAGCAGAAGGAUCGGAGCUGCUGCUUUUCUUGUACUCAUCAUCCAUAUAAUCUAUCUAAGAAGAAGAAGCUUGACCACCCAUGGCGACGGUGGAUACGACGACGUCGAUAGGCAAGGUCGGGAGGAAGAGCGGUCUGAUUUCAAGAACCCUGCAGCGGUGCAAGUCCGGGCUGAGCGCCGGUGGCGGCUCCGGGCGGUCGUCGUCGCCGCCGGGGUGCUUCUCGGUGUACGUGGGCUCCGAGCGGGAGCGGUUCGUGGUGCGCGCCGAGUGCGCCAACCACCCGUUGUUCCGGCGCCUCCUGGACGACGCCGAGCGCGAGUACGGGUACGCGGCGCAGGGCCCGCUCGCGCUGCCCGGCUGCGACGUCGACGCCUUCCUCGACGUGCUGUGGCAGAUGGAGAACGCCGACGCCGACGACGGCGGCCAGCAGCAGGUCGCCGGCGCCGCCUCCUCGCCGAUAUGCGGCCUGCACAGCGGCAGUAAGGGCCGCGCAGCCGGGUACCGGAUGCUGAGCCCGCGGUCGUCGUCGAUGGUUGGCAAGAGGAGGUGACAUGAGCAGUUGAAAGAAAAGAAAAGAUUUAUCGGUCGAGCAUGCAUGAACUAAUGAUGAUUAGUGAGCUAAUAAUGGUGCAUUGGUGCUGUCGUGUGAACUCUAGUGGUAGUUCUCUACUGCUAUGCAUGAAUAAGUUGUCAUUCAUAGCACAGACUCGUUGGCUUUUUGGUCAUAUAGUGUAUAUCGACUCUCUUUCUUUCUAUUGUCUUUGGAAACGUAAUACCAAUUUUCAGUAUUAGCUAGGCUAGCUGUCUGUAUGUACGUACAUGUCUAGUUUAAUCUGAAGCUUGUUUAU